AUGAAUAAAAUCCAGUUGAACAUGCAAAUUAUACCUAGUUAUGUUAAAACAUCAUUGAGAAUACUUUCUGCUGCAUCACCACGUCUCAUUGAAAAUUUGCUACCAAAAACACUUGGAAAUAUUGAAAGUACAAGUCGUGAUUGUGCUCAAUUUGCCAAAGAUGCACGAGAUAAAUUUGAAAAUGUAAAAAAUUUAUUAGCAGAAGUAACUGAAUUAACAACAGUUACACAAGGUGUUAAAACGCAACAAUUAAAAGAAGUUGAAAGAGAUUUAACUGUAUCAUUAAUUACGAAAGAGCAACAUGAGAAAACAGCACAGAUAUUAAAACAACAUUAUAAUGAAGCUAGAGAAACAGUUAGAAUAGCACAAACUGAAUAUAGUAAAGCUCUUAAAGCAAUUAAAACAGGAUGGAGUGCAAUACUCCAGGAUGUAGGUCGAGCAUUUGUUGGUCUAGUUAGAUCAGCUGCUAGUAUUUUAGGUGGAUCACAAUCCAGCGAUACUGAUGGUUUAGCUACAUCUAUAGGAAUAGCACAAUCAUUGAGUAUAAUGAAACCAUUUGCUGCUAAUUUUGAAAAGAUGAUAGGUGCUCUUGGUGGUAGUAAAAUAGCAGUAGAUGAACUGAAAACAUAUAAAUCAUCAUUUGAAACAUUCUUAAAAAUGAUUAAUGGUGUCAAAAGUAGUAGCACUAUUAAAGAUAAAGGUAAAAAUAUCGUUGAAAAAGCCGUUGGUCUAAUUGAGCAAAUCAUAGGCACUGUAUCGAAAGGGAAGAAAGUUGAUAAAACUACAUCAGGUAAACUAACGGAAUUAGCCAAUGAAGCGAAAACAUUAGCGGCUGCUGAAACAUUGAAUGGUGAUACACUACCAAAAUUAAAUAAUGGUGGUGGUGGUGAUUCGUCAAAAAAUGAAAAAUUUAAAGCUGAAUUAACUCAAGCUCGUCUACGUGAGGCUGAACGACGUUACGAUGAAAUGUUCAAUCAUAUUCGACAACAUCAAGAUGAAAUGACAAAAUUAAUGGCUAAAAUUGCUUCACUUGAUAUAACUAAAAUUAAUUAUCAACAGUUAAUUGAAUUAUUACGUGAAUCUAUUGCACUUUUAAGUCGUAUAAGUACACAUUGGAAUUCGUUAGUUGUAUUUUUUUCUAAUUUAGCUGAUCAAGCAGAAACAUUACAUCAAAGACGAUUGAUGCCAUUUAUCGAAACAACACGACUAGCUGGUGGUACAUUUGAUAAAACUGAUCGUGUUAUUCUUCUUGAUGAAUUAAAAAAUGCUGCUGUUAUUAUUCAUAAACAAUCGUAUAAAUUAUUUAUUUUAUCAAAAACGUACGUUGAUAUAUCAAAUAAAUAUUUUAUGUCACGUCUUGCUGGUCUGUCAAAAAUGAUAACAGCUAAAGAUGAUCAAGAAAGAAAUUUAUUUAUGAAACAAUUAACAGAUGAAACAGAGACUGUUCAACAAGAAUUAAAAAAUUUAGCUGAACAACGUAAAAAAAUUUACCAUGAUGCAGUUGAAAAAAAAUUAACAGAAUUAGAUAGUUUUAUACAAAAUUUAGGUGGUACAGAUGCGGAUGAUCUAAAAACAAUUGGUGAGGCUCAGGACAUGCUAGAUUUGGAAUAA